GAAGAAGGUCAACACUUCACUCGAGGAGCUUCAGUGAGAAUCCAUUUGCGGAAAUGGGUGCCGGCUUGACUCUGUUCUGCUGUCAAUUCUACCGAAAGUACAAAAGAGGCAAGAAAAAUGCAGUUUUGCGGAUGCCCAACGCCAAAGCUUGCAAGGUACCAGAGGAGCUGUCCAGUGGAUCCAGCGGUAGCGACACAAAGGAGGAGAUUGUCUUCAGGCAGCGGCCGGAAAGCGGACCGCAGUGGCUCACGCAGCCGAGCCCGAGGGCAAACAAACGUGCCUCGUCGUCCAGCAGAAGGGAAUCGGACCGAGAACUGCAGGCUUUCAUCAGCAUGAGGAAUCAGGCUGACAAGGCCACGGAGGAAUGGGAACAGCUGAAUUAUGACAUUCACACACUACGCUGCGCCAAACGAGAAGUGAGAGCACGAUGGAAAAAAAUCCUGCUGCAAUUAGGUUAUCAAUCUGAGGUGGAUGCCUUGUUGUACGUCAACAAUCAAAAUGACUUCAAUCAAGACCAGGAGGGUCUCACCAGAGCUACAGAGCUCUUGACCCAUUUGUUGGAACACACAUCCCUGUUUCCUGUAGGCACGGGACAUCAGACCAGAUACCUCUAUGUCAUGGACCGCUUGGUUUCUCUGGACAGCGCAGACGACUUUGUCAGACUGGCUCUGGAAAAAUAUCCAAAGAGACAAGAUGGGUAAAAUGGAGCACAUACAUAUGUAUGCAAUGUUAGAUACUGUAUUUACUGUAAUCCACGUUAUGUUUUUUUUUUUUUUUUUUGGACUUCAACUCAAGUAUGCCAAUUUAAUUGAUAACAUGAACUGCUACAUUGGGUUGCUAAUGACAUGAACGGUACUAAAAUACAAGAAUAAAAUAGCAUUCUGGAUUUGUACUGGAGUUGUAUAAAUGAAAUGUACACAGUUUGUGGUGUUGGCAAAAUAAAAUGUUUGCUUCCUUU